CUUCUACCCUAGUGUUGCCUUUAUAUUUCAUCCUUAUGUUUCCAAUACUCGAGUCCAUGCUGCUGUUGUCAAAAAAAAAAAAAAAUGCUAUACACUGGUAGAUAGUGAAACUUACCAGAUGAACUAAUUUUAUGAUGAUUUUCAGGUCUAUGGGCAUUGUGUUGCCUCCUUUACCAGCUUUAACAUACAGUGGGUGCCACCAGAGGAACCGCAGCCUGGAUUCUGUGUUGCAGAAGAUUCCUGAGGUAGAGAGUGGAGAUACACCUCAGCAUCCACCUGUAAAUAAUCCUCCUCUCAAACCCAGUCUUUCCUUCACCUUUUCUGAUGCUCCCAGCUUCAAGUUGAAAGGUGAUUCCUGUCGCACCAGAACCUUGGUGACUACCUCGACUGUUUGCCAUCCCGUGGUGGUCAAACAAGAGAAGGAUCAGUACGACCAGUCCAGCCUGGGUUCAGACGAUUCUGGCAUCUGCAGCUCUGAGGGAGACAAUACAAGAGAACCGAGUGCAGAGCGAGCGCGAAGUGCAGACUGUCUAGAUGUUGCAUGUCUUGGCUCAGAUUGUGAAGUGAAAAGUGUUUACUCAGAAACUUUAGAUAGUGAAACAAACAUGGAAGAGCCGGAGCUAGAUUCAGUGAGUGAAGGGGGAGAUCUUGGAGACCAGACUCUCAUUGAAGAUGCUGGUGAUAUCUCUCCUAGUGACACAACAGUAACCGAGAGUAUGGACUCUCCUCUUGACACUAGUCUUUGUGAUCGCCCUUCUCACUCCCCUCUCAAAGAUCUUGUAAAUCAGUUGCAAGAUGUCACUGAGGUGCAUAAGUGUUCCCCAGAAAUUACUGAACCUAAUGGUGAAAUGAAAAUAAAAUGUUUGAGUACUGAAUUCAGAGAACAAAGUGCAGAAGGUUGUAGAGGUUGUAGUAAUAGUGGUGUAAGUUCUUGUGUGACCAAUACCAAAAGUGAUGUAAUUUGUACUGCAAGUUCUGGCAGUUGUACAGGUGCUGUUCCCAAAAGCAGCAGUAAUUGUGCUGGUGUUGCUGGAAAUAAUAUUAGCAGUGGUUCCUGUGUUAAAGGUAGUAACAGUGGUAGUGGUUCUGCAGGCACAAGCACUAUUACUGUUAGUGCUCCUAUAAAAACCAAAUUGGAUGAAAAGCCAUCAUUACUUUUAAGAUUAUUUGAGAGCAAGAUGUUUGAUAUGUCCAUGGCCUUGUCAUAUUUGUACAAGUGCAAAGAGCCAGGAGUGCAGCAGUAUAUUGGUAACCGCCUCUUCAGCAUGCCUCCCAGCGAGUCUCACUUCUUCCUACCACAGUUGGUCAACAUGUACGUGCAAACCUUUGAGAUUGCCGAAGUGCUUCACCCAUUUUUGGUUCACUUGUGUCGCCAUGACAUCACCUUUGCCCUGCAGUGUGCCUGGCUGCUAGAAGCCUUCUCUGCAGAUACAUCUCACCAGAGAAAGAAGUCACAUGGCACCAAAUUAAAAAACCUCAUUCUCUCAGAUGAGUUAAGGCCUAAGCAAGAUAAUAUGGUAAGUUUAACAUUGGACUCCAAGCUACAAAACUGCCAGCAACGAUCCACCCUCUGCACUAGAAUAAAAGAGCACCCAAGUCCGGGCUCCAAUCCAGGAUCUCCUGUCACUGAGCUACCACCUCCAUUCAUCACCAGAGUUAGUCUGCCAGCCCCGUCCCGCAAGUCACAUCAACGCUCUCGUUCAGAUGCUACCGUGGCACUUCAAGCUCAGUCCAGUUCCUCCCGGGGACACAAGCGCACUCCAUCAUCAGGAAGCCUCAAAAAUUGUCUUGGUGACCUUACUUCAGGUCGAGCCUUUGACAAUGGCUGUUGCUGCUUUGACUCAGAAGAAGCUAGAUGUAACUCACUACGGGGAAAAACCAUAGAGUGUCACUGUGGAGCUCCAAGAUUAUCUCCGGAGUUGGAGUUUGUGCGUGCCCUGAUCUCCGUUGGUAAACGCCUGGGAGCACAGCCUACCAAAGAAGCAAAAACAUCUCGAUUACUUGCCGAACUGUCGGUCCUAAAUUUAAACCUACCUGCACGUGUGUACCUGCCAUUGUGUGCCACAGAAAUGCCCCAUCAUGUAGUGCGCAUUCCACCACAAGCUGCUGUUGUGCUAAACUCCAAAGAUAAGGUGAGUGGGAGGGUUGUUGUUGUGUUAAUGCUAAACCCUAAGGGUCAUUCAGUGCUGCAGGGAAGUAUAUGUAAAAUUAGAAAUGUGCGAAGGCUAGAAGUGAGCGAGGGGCAGGAAUGUGCAAAAUGCUUUCCAGGUUACAUAGAUGAAUCUGACUGCUGGAGUCAUGAAGACGACGAGAUCAGUCAACAGUAUUACAGACCCAGGAAACUCAAAGACCGUGAUACCAUAUCCAUGAUGUCCCUUGACUCGUGUGACUCCAGGGAACUGACCAACAGAGAAGCAGCUGACAUACGUCGACGUCUCUCUGAAACUGUUAAUGCCCCAAAGACAGGAUUUAAGAGAGACCCAGAUGAUCCAUCAGCAGCAGCAUUGAAAGAACCUUGGCAGGAUAAGGUGGAGCGUAUUCGAGAAAGUUCUCCUUAUGGGCACUUAGCAUCCUGGCGCCUUCGGUCUGUGAUCGUCAAGUGUGGGGAUGACCUAAGACAAGAGUUGCUUGCUUACCAACUUCUCUGUAUGUUCCAGAAAAUUUGGGCAGAAGAAAAAGUGUCUUUGUGGCUUAGACCUUACAAGAUCUUGGUGCUAUCAGAUGACUCGGGCAUGAUUGAACCCAUCGUCAAUACUUGCUCAUUGCAUCAAAUCAAGAAAAACAGCAAGAUGUCCAUGUUAGAAUAUUUCAUCAAAGAGUUUGGAGAUAAGAACUCUGAAGAAUUUCUUACAGCACAGAGGAAGUUUGUGGAGUCUUGUGCUGCCUACUGCCUGGUUUGCUACAUUAUUCAGCUCAAGGAUAGACAUAAUGGAAAUAUUUUGCUGGACAAUGAGGGUCAUAUCAUACACAUAGACUUUGGCUUCAUGCUGUCAUCAUCACCACGUAACUUAGGGUUCGAAUCCUCACCAUUCAAGCUAACACAAGAGUUGGUAGAGGUUAUGGGUGGAGAAAACUCAGACAUGUUUGCUUACUUCAAGAUCCUGCUCUUGCAAGGUCUAAUGGCUACCAGGAAGCAUAGUGAGAAGAUCCUCUCCUUGGUUGAAAUCAUGAGCUCUGGCUCCAAGUUGGCAUGUUUCCGUGCUGGAGCAUCAGUGGUUCCAGCUUUAAAAAGUCGCUUCCAUAUUAACAUGACUGAUGAACAACUCCAGGCUCAUCUGGACUCAUUGGUGUAUAAUGCCAUCAACUCUAUUACAACAAGACUUUAUGAUGGCUUUCAAUACUUCACCAAUGGCAUACUCUAGCCUAGAGAGGCCUGUGCCUUCAUACAAUAUAUAUGAUGCCGGUUCAUCAAGUAGCAUAAAGCAAAAAAACUGUGUAUCCUGGUCCAAGUUUGCGUGUAUCAAAAUGAAAGUCGUUUGGUCUAGGUUGUGUAUAAAAAAAAUCACUAGUGGCCCAUUUCAAGUGAUGACUUACCAGACUGGUGUGACUUGCUGUAAAUGGUAACCAUAUACAGAACUGGUGUGACCUGGGCCAGGUGGUGUUAAGUGGAACAAGUGUAACUUCAACUAGGUCAUGUACAGCAAUCAUUGGGGUAACUCAGUCCAAGAUUUGCAUUUUGACAGGUUUGAUUUGACUGUAAUAAUAACAUAUACCAGAAAUAAUGUGAUCACCUAUCUGUAGUUACAGGAACAGAGAUGUGCCGAUGGUGAUUGGUGAAGAUGGUGUGUGUGUGUGUAUGCACUAGGUCAAAGUUGGUUCCCAGAUUUUCUGGGUUGUUGAAAUUCCUUGUUAAAAUUGAUGGAAGGUUUAAUACUGGUACAUGAAUUAACUCAGAUGAGAGUAUUGGGUCAAGAAUUAAUGAACUGGACUGUGAAGAGAUUAAUUACUGUAGGUGAAUGUGUGCAGAUGUGAAUGUCAAAAAAUUGUAGACAUUAUUUACCAAAGAAAAGACCAAGAAGUGGAGUUCAGGUGGCAGAUAGCAAGAAAUCAUUUUCACCUUAUAAAGUUACACUGUUUAUCUUGGUAUUUUCUCAAGUUCUACAACAUUGAAACAGACAUCAAUUCCAUUAAAAUUUUGUAUUUUCAGAGGACUGUCCAGUCAUUGUCUGGACUUCUGGAAUGUACUCUUUACUGUUUUGUUAAUAUUGUUUGCAGCUCAAAAUAUUAGUCAUGGCUUGUAAUUCAUAAUUUUACCCAUUUCCUGUGGAAUCAAAAUUAUUAAUAUUGGUUUCUUGGUUUGUGCUUUGCAUUUUUAUCCUUUUCCAACUGCAUUCCUGAUCUGGCUGGAGCAUAAGGUUCAGUAUUAUUAGUAGAUGUCCUUCAUAGCUGUCCACGAGUCAUUGUAUUUUUAUAUGAAAGAAUAAUUAAUGUGAAUAUAGAUAGUUUUUUUUUUUUUUUUUAGAAAUUAUUCUAGAAAUAAUUUACAGAAGCUUUAACCACUCACAAAAUCAAGGGUUCAAGGGUUAUUGUCCCUAUAUCAGUGCCAACCAAGUGAGGGGUGUUGGCAGAGAGUUCUCCUCUAUCAGUCUGCCAAACCAGUUUGACACUGAGAUUAACUUUAGUGUCAGCCAAGAUUGCAGCUUUGGUGUUUCAGCAAAGUGAGAAUGUGGCUCAGAGUAACAUUGUUAUUAAUCAAGUGGGUAGGUGGGGGCCACCUUUAUCAUCAAAUUAUGUACCAACAGACUGUUUGUAGUUUCAAAUCAAGUGCUUGUUAAUAUUUGACCAUAUAUCAGUGAAUUGGAAGUUGUGAUACUGGUUCAUUAAUCAGUCAAAUGAGCACUAGUUUACAGAUUCUUGCACAAGUGUCAGUAAAGUCUGGAGUAUAAGUGAGUGUUGAUUAUGAUCCACAUAUCAUUGUCAGUAGUGUGCGUGUAUUGGUGCUAGCUUGUGUAUUUUUACUAUUCAGGUAAGUCUGUGGUUACUUGGCCUUGUGGCACUGAUACUCUUGCCACAUUCUCUGAAGUGCUCACAAAGAGGAAGUUGAAUGAAUGUAUGUACAUUAGUCCACUUACUUUCCUGGCAGCAAAAAAAAAUUACCUUCAUUAUUUUAUAUAUUUAUGCCCUUUUGUACAAUGAAAAAAUGUAAUACAAGUGUUUACUUACUAGGAGUUUUUUUGUAGUCUCACAUUGGAUUAAUGGUGUGUAUACAAGGUGAGACAUGUAGCCUUCCCUGCCUCACCCCUCACAGGUCUCUCAUCUCUGCAUACAGUAUGUCGUCCAUUACUCAUAAAGGAUAGCUAGAUCACUUUUGUAAUACAUCAUGAGGCUCUUGUAUGCCAAUAUAUUAUUAUAAAUGCAAUGCUUUUGAUCCUAUAAGACUUUUUGCUUGUCUUUGUUUCAUUGUAAGUACUGUACAUAGUGAGCAUUGACUGGUUCAGACACCUUGCACACAGCAGUUGCCACAAAACUUGGGGGAGGGGGUUGCAGUAUCUGCAAAGUUCUAUUUUAUUGAUAAGCUUGUGAAUCAGCUAAGUUAAAAUUCAGAAAAUCAUAAUUGAAUGCAGGAUAUGGUUGUGGCAACUCCUAGUUCUGACCUGUUGUCAACAUAUUUUGUUCUCAUAUUCAAUAAACUGUUAAGAAAA